AUGGUACCACUACCAAUACUGGUACCCCCGACGGGGUACCCCACGGGGGUACGCGUCACCCCUCCUCCCACGACGCCCCGUCCAGUCAAAACAGCACCAGUGACGAUCGCCAAAAGACGCGCCAGGCUUCGCGUGCGUACCCCCGCGUCUCCAGUGGCCGCGCUCGUGCUACUUCACGCCCCCCCGCCCAGCCCGAUGCCCCACGACGGGUCCCCUCUCCCGCACGCGACGCCGCCGCCGAGCCAAGACGGGAAGAACCGCGACGCCGAGCUCACGCACCAGUCGCGCCAAGUCGCGAGUCGCGUGCUCGAGCAGUUCCAAGCCGACCCGACGCUCGGCCGCAGCCGCAUUCCGUACGCGUCGCUCUACUUCACGCGCGUGCUGAGCAAAGGCGCGUUCGGGGAGGUGUGGCUGGCCCAGCUGGAGAACCGCCAAGUGGCGGUGAAGCGCAUUCUGAACGAGAAGAAGAACGACGAGCGCGAGAUCGAGUGCUUUGGCGCGGAGAUCAAGCUCAUGGCGUCGUUCUCGCAUCCGAAGAUUGUCGAGUUUGUUGGCGUGUCCUGGAGCUCCAUGCAGGACGUGUGUGCAGUGACCGAGUACAUGAGCAAAGGGGAUUUGUACGGCUUUUUGAAGCGACGACAGGGGCAGCUGAACUGGCGCGACCACAAGAUCUACUUGGCCGAAGACGUGGCGGACGCACUGGGGUAUCUGCACGGGCUGUCGCCCAAAGUGAUCCAUCGGGACCUCAAGUCGAAGAACAUUUUACUGGACGACUCGUUCCGUGCGAAGCUCAGUGACUUUGGCAUUAGUCGAGAACGCUCGGUGGAAGACACGAUGACAGCUGGAGUAGGUACGAUCUACUGGACGGCACCGGAAGUGUUGAUGGGCAAGAAGUACACAGAGAAGGCCGAUAUCUUUUCGUUUGGGAUCGUCAUGUCGGAGCUUGAUAUGCAUGCCGUGCCGUAUUCGGACAAGCGGGACAAUGCGGGCAAGAAACUCCAGGGCAUGAAGAUUGUACAGAUGGUGAUCCGACGGAAUUUGCGACCGACGUUUUCGCCAGAGUGUCCACCGCUCGUGAAGGAGCUCGUGGACCGCUGUUUGGACUCGGACCCGGACGUGCGACCUGGAGCAAUGGAGCUGCUGCGGAUCAUUCAGCGUAUGCAGCGCCUUUUGUGA